AUGAUAGAUGGUUGUUUUAUCAAAACCGUUUUAGGUGGAAUGCUAUUGUCAGCAAUUGGUAGAGAUCCACAUGAACAAAUGUUCCCUUUGGCAUGGGCAGUAGUGAAAGGGGAGAACAAUGAGUCUUGGCGGUGGUUCCUCAAUGAGUUAAAGAAAGGGUUUCCGGCUACAAAUGGUGUUGGAUGGACUAUAAUAUCAGACGAACAUCAAAGCAUUUUAAGGGCAGUGAGCAUGGAACUUCCCGAGGCUGAGCACAGGCACUGUGCUAGACAUAUCUAUGCCAAUUGGAAGAAGGAUUUCAAAGGAGAAGAAUUAAAGUUGCUUUUUUGGAGGGCUGCUAAAGCAUAUAAUAAUGAAGUUAUGUUUGAUGCACUAAAGGAGAUGGAUGAGAUUAAUCCCUUGGAAGCUGAACACUUCAAGAAAUCAAAGCAUCUUAUUGACAUGCUUGAAGAGAUAAGGACAAUAUUGAUGAAGAGGAUAGUUACAAAGAGAGAGGAGGCACAAAAGUGUUAUGGAUUGAUAUGUCCAAAGGUGCUAGACUUGUUAGAGAAAGAGAAGGAAGAAGCAAGUAAAUGUACUAUUAUACCAUCAACUGCUACACUUAUUCAAGUCGCUUACUACAUGGACACUUUCGAAGUUGACAUUCAAAACAAAUGUUGUACUUAUAAGAUGUGGGAUUUGAAGGGCAAUCCUUGUCGUCAUGCAAUUGUUGCCUUGUAUUAUAUGAGCAAGGAUGUGGAAUAA